AUGUCAUUGUAUGAUCAGAUUUCUGUUCCAUGUUUCUUUAAGCAUGAUCUGAUUUUUCUCGCCUACUAUUUUGAUUUACGGGAGGAAGAAGAGGACAUAUCUUAUCGUGACUACGGUAAUUUGAAUUAUGAACAUUUAGUUGGUAUGGUCUACCAGGUGAACUGGGAUGACAUAUUUACUCUUUUAGCUGUCGAUCAGCAGACGGCUUUCAUGACGGAUAACAUUUUACGUCUCUGUGAUGCAACAGUUCCAAUACGGAUUAAAAGGGCUUCGGUCAAAACAAAGCCAUGGUUCAAUUCAAGAAUCAAGGCGCUUAUCGGAGAUAGAGACUUGGCUUACAGUAGAUGGAGGCGCUUCAAGUCUCCAGAGCUGAAAGAAGAAAUCAGUGAAGCCAGGAGGAAAGUUAACAGUUUUAUUAAUGCGGCUAAAAUGGAGUGUUGUUCUUCAAUAUAUGAUUGCGCAGUGGGCUCGAAGAGAAAGUGGAAGGUGAUACAGUACAUCGGAAUGUCGGUAUAUCUUCACCAAGAGUCCCUAUUGUCAAAAAGACAGUCCGGCUUCCGUUCUGAUCAUAGUUGCAUUACUGCAUUGGUUGAAGUGGCUGAAUUGAUCAGAAAUGACAUUGAUGAGAACAAAAUUGGCUUUCUGGUUCCUUUGCAUUACUCCAAAGCUUUCGACAGGGUUGAUCACCUGAACUUGUGCAUGAAACUACAGAAUUUCUUUAACUUUACAUCAACGGCAACGAGUCUGAUUAUGUCGUAUCUGAGCGAUAGACGGCAGUCUAAUAAUAAUAAUAAUAAUAAUAAUAAUAAUAAUAAUAAUAAUAAUAAUAAUAAUAAUAAUAAUAAUAAUAAUAAUAAUAAUAAUAAUAAUAAUAAUAAUAAUAAUAAUAAUAAUAAUAAUAAUAAUAAUAAUAAUAAUAAUAAUAAUAAUAAUAAUAAUAAUAAUAAUAAUAAUAAUAAUAAUAAUAAUAAUAAUAAUAAUAAUAAUAAUAAUAAUAAUAAUAAUAAUAAUAAUAAUAAUAAUAAUAAUAAUAAUAAUAAUAAUAAUAAUAAUAAUAAUAAUAAUAAUAAUAAUAAUAAUAAUAAUAAUAAUAAUAAUAAUAAUAAUAAUAAUAAUAAUAAUAAUAAUAAUAAUAAUAAUAAUAAUAAUAAUAAUAAUAAUAAUAAUAAUAAUAAUAAUAAUAAUAAUAAUAAUAAUAAUAAUAAUAAUAAUAAUAAUAAUAAUAAUAAUAAUAAUAAUAAUAAUAAUAAUAAUAAUAAUAAUAAUAAUAAUAAUAAUAAUAAUAAUAAUAAUAAUAAUAAUAAUAAUAAUAAUAAUAAUAAUAAUAAUAAUAAUAAUAAUAAUAAUAAUAAUAAUAAUAAUAAUAAUAAUAAUAAUAAUAAUAAUAAUAAUAAUAAUAAUAAUAAUAAUAAUAAUAAUAAUAAUAAUAAUAAUAAUAAUAAUAAUAAUAAUAAUAAUAAUAAUAAUAAUAAUAAUAAUAAUAAUAAUAAUAAUAAUAAUAAUAAUAAUAAUAAUAAUAAUAAUAAUAAUAAUAAUAAUAAUAAUAAUAAUAAUAAUAAUAAUAAUAAUAAUAAUAAUAAUAAUAAUAAUAAUAAUAAUAAUAAUAAUAAUAAUAAUAAUAAUAAUAAUAAUAAUAAUAAUAAUAAUAAUAAUAAUAAUAAUAAUAAUAAUAAUAAUAAUAAUAAUAAUAAUAAUAAUAAUAAUAAUAAUAAUAAUAAUAAUAAUAAUAAUAAUAAUAAUAAUAAAAAUAAUAAUAAUUAUAAUAAUAAUAAUAAUAAUAAUAAUAAUAAUAAUAAUAAUAAUAAUAAUAAUAAUAAUAAUAAUAAUAAUAAUAAUAAUAAUAAUAAUAAUAAUAAUAAUAAUAAUAAUAAUAAUAAUAAUAAUAAUAAUAAUAAUAAUAAUAAUAAUAAUAAUAAUAAUAAUAAUAAUAAUAAUAAUAAUAAUAAUAAUAAUAAUAAUAAUAAUAAUAAUAAUAAUAAUAAUAAUAAUAAUAAUAAUAAUAAUAAUAAUAAUAAUAAUAAUAAUAAUAAUAAUAAUAAUAAUAAUAAUAAUAAUAAUAAUAAUAAUAAUAAUAAUAAUAAUAAUAAUAAUAAUAAUAAUAAUAAUAAUAAUAAUAAUAAUAAUAAUAAUAAUAAUAAUAAUAAUAAUAAUAAUAAUAAUAAUAAUAAUAAUAAUAAUAAUAAUAAUAAUAAUAAUAAUAAUAAUAAUAAUAAUAAUAAUAAUAAUAAUAAUAAUAAUAAUAAUAAUAAUAAUAAUAAUAAUAAUAAUAAUAAUAAUAAUAAUAAUAAUAAUAAUAAUAAUAAUAAUAAUAAUAAUAAUAAUAAUAAUAAUAAUAAUAAUAAUAAUAAUAAUAAUAAUAAUAAUAAUAAU